AUCGCCGGACACGCCGCAGCAGUGUCCGCUACCCGAGAGAAUCUUCAUUGAGUUAUCUUCCAAAAGUCGCAGCCUCAGAAUGUCGCCGAACAGCAGCUCGGAAAAGCCAGUCAAUCCGAACGAGUAUCUGCACAUCCCCAAGUGGGUCAACGAGGACUACUUUUUGCCGAUUAUCGAAAAGGAUGUUACGAAUUUCGACAAAAUCGUCAACUUCUUCCCAAUUGCGGCCACAGCGCCCGGAGAGAACUACACCUCCAUUAUGAUCAGGGUUGUAGUGGAUGUAUUGCUAAAAGAUGGCAGCGAAAAGAAAGUCUCGUACAUCCUAAAGACCAUGCUGGAGGCCGAUAGUGGAGCGGAUGUGGUGGCUGGCAUGGGACUGUUUCCCAAAGAAAAGAAGAUGUACGAGGUGCAUAUACCGCAGUUCGUGAAGCUCUACAAGGAGGCGGGCCUGGACGUUGAGCUGGCACCCAGGUGUCUCCAUGUAGAGUCCACCGCUGAGCUUAUUACACUGGUCUUCGAGGAUUUAAGCCGUCAGCACUUUAAGAACGCCGAUCGUCUCAAAGGCUUCGAUAUGGCGCACAUGCGACGAGUGCUCCAGAAACUGGCCGAGUUCCAUGCCGCCUCCGCUCUGGUCAGAGAGAUCAACGGACCCUUUGACCAGAUGUACUCCAUGUCCAUGUACAAUGAGCAGAGCCGCGAUCUCUUCGAGAAGCUGGGCGAGAUGCGCCAGGUGCAGUUCCUCAAGGCGAUGGGUGAGUGGGGAAUGGAGAAUGCCGACAAGUACAUAGCCAAGAUGUGGAAGCCACUGGAGGUGUUCGAGGAAGCCCUGCAAAUCAACCAGGUGGAUGAGAGCGAGUUCAAUGUGCUGAACCACGGCGACUGCUGGUCCAACAACAUCAUGUUUAACUACAAGGACAACGGAGAAAUCGACAGAACCAUCUUUGUGGAUUUGCAGAUUGGCAAGUGGGGCACCCCGGCCCAGGACCUUUGGUACCUGAUCACCACCUCCGCCGCGCUGGACAUUAAGGUCAAAGAGUUUGAUCACUUUAUUCAGAUCUAUCACGAACGCUUGGCCGAGUGCCUCAAGCUUCUGAAGUACUCGAAGCCCAUUCCAUCCCUGAGGGAUAUUCAUAUCAUGAUGCUAAAGUAUGGAUUCUGGGGACCCCUCACCGCCAUGGGUGUGAUGGUGGCCACCCUGAUGCCCACCGACAAGGACGCCAAUAUGAAAAUGAUGAUGGCCCCAGGACCCGAGGCCGAUGCUCUGCGUUACAGGACCUUCAUCAAUCCGUAUUAUGCCAAUGCCAUGAAGUUGCUUUUGCCGUUUUUCGAUAACAAAGGACUUCUAAAGUCCGUGUAGGUUCGUUACCAGAGCCUUCCUAGAUUUUAGCCAAUUUUUGUGUGAUAUCAUAUAUCAUAAGAGCAAAAAAUACAAGUUUUUAUUUAAUUUAAA